AGAAACUGUAAAACACAAUCCAUCAUUAACCACUAUAAUUUUCUACAAGAAAACUUAUAAAAAGAAAGCAUUUUCAGUAAUCUAUCAACGAUAAAUACUCUUCAAUAUCCUCAUGAUCAAAGUCACAUUAAUGAAAAUACUUUUGAACAUACUCGUAUAAAUAAAACAAUGAAAUCUUUGAAAGGAUAAUGUGUAUCUAAUUAUAUUCUGCCACUAAAAUGAUGAUAAAUUAUUGUAAAUACCCCAAUGGGAUGUCAUCAAUCAUUGAAAACUGCUAAGGAAAACUUUAAUUUUCAUCGGAUUUCAGUUUAAACAAACAGUAACGUGCCUACUAGACGUGUGUAACGAAACAAUGAGAUCUUUUAUUCUACUUCUGACUUUAGUUACGUGCAGCAAAUUAGCCAAAUGUAACGAAAAUAUUUCAAGCCUAUACAACUUCAGUACGAAUCGAAACUACAGUACAGUGCAAUGCAUAAAUAAUAUUUUAACAAGAUAUUUCCCGUGCGGCACACUCGCGACCUUUGUGAACCCUAAUGCCAAUUUUGAUGAAUUAAUAAGAAUUGCGAAUAAAGAAAAUAUUUGCCACAGCAUCAUUGUAAGGUCAUUUGAUGACCGUGACUGGUUCAUCUGGACCAAUGUAUACGUGAUUACGGCAGAAACUAUAUUUAAAUUCUGGACUGGCAUGCUAGACUUAACAAGAGAUGUAUUCUGGAACCCUAGAGCUAAAUUUGUUAUUCAAAUAGAUAACUUGGUUGACGAAGGAGCGCUUCGCACAAUGUUCAAAAUACUGGUAACAUACAGGAUGUUUAACGUGGUCGUAAUAAAGCCUCUUAAAGAAGAUGCAGUAAUCUACACCUAUCAUCCGUUUGAUAACAACGGUUGUGGCAGACGUCUUGAAAAAGUUAUUACACUUGGGACCUGCGAGAAUUCAGAGGAUAUCACUAGCUUUUUCCCUUAUGAAAUCCCCGUUCAAAUGAAAAAUUGUACAUUCAAAGUAGUGGCAACUGAUGACGUACCGAAUUUCAUUUCCACUUCAAGCAAUUAUACAGUUUAUGGCAAAUAUGUAGCAGGGUUAGAGCAGUAUGUCCUAGAUACUAUAGCUGACCGAGAAGAAUUUUCUUUGGAUUACGAAGUUUUUGGCGAUAACCUAACAUAUGGAGUCGUGCUACCAAAUCGUACAGCUACAGGACUUCUUAAAUUCAUAGACACUGACAAAGCAGACGUAGCAGCCGGGGGAUUCAUUUUAAUGCAGAAUAGAGUUGAGUUGUUUGAUUACAUCUGGGGCUUCAACUACGCAGCUUACUAUCUAUACACACCAGCAAUGAGCAGUAAAGUGUGGCAGAGAGCAUACAGAGAGUUUGGAACAACAACCUGGUCACUGAUUGCUGCCACCAUCAUUUUCGUUAUAAUUGUUGGCGAGAUAUUAAGAAGAAUGAUCCUUGACAACACGUUCUCCAUUCUCAAUUUAUGGGGAUACUUUUUUGGGAAUGCAGGCAGAGGACUGUCAACACACAGGAAGUUUAGAACGAUUAUAAUUAUGUGGGCUCUGUUUACAUUUUACAUCAGCAACUUCUACAACGCCGCUUUGUUAAGUCUGAUCACCGUCCACAUACAUGAGAGACCGCAUUCGUUGAGUGUGAACAAUUUGAGAACGUUGCCAUACAAACCCUGCAUCAGUGACAACACGAGAUUGUUUUACGAAUACGCUUAUAAUCACACAUUGCCUUUAAACAGUGCUUAUAACUGCAGUUCUACUGAUAACGCAUUACACUACGUUGCUACCACCAAGAAAUAUUACGCCAUCGAGAUGGACUACAGUUACAAGCUCAAGGAGUAUCAAUACAUCAACAGUAUGGGCAAACCAGAGUUGGAUUCUUGGAUCUUUUCCAAUACCCAUGUGAUUGUCAUGUACCUGGUCCGUGGGUUCCCUUUCAUCGAGAAGUUCCAAGACUACGCCCAUCGGUUCUAUGAAGCUGGUUUGAUACAGAAGCAUAUGACAACGAUAAACUUGAGGAGUUUCAGCGUCAUACAAAGACGGCCUAAACCAUUCACAAUGACUACACUGCUAGAUCUGAGAGUACAUUUCUGCAUUCUUCUAGCUGGUUACGGAUUGUCGUUCCUUUGUCUAUUGUUGGAAAUUUGGUACAACUAUAUUAAAAUGGAGAAGAAGGUGAAAAGAACUGUGAAGAUUAAGUUCUUGCAUUAAAGAAGAUUGAGAUCACAUUGCACUGAUGUGAUUGUUAUACUAAA